AUGUCACUGGACGCGAUGCAGAUUCUACGGGGACCACCGUCGUGGAGAACGUCGACGCGGUGCAUCGGUAUCGUUACCACCGGUUGGCACGUCGAUCAUCGUUAUCUCUGUGAGAGCGACAAAGGAUCUUGGCGUCCUCCGCAUCCUGGUCGUCUGCAUGAAGGACUCGAGCUUCGGGGCCUCGAAAGGAUGAGGCGGCUCGACGACGGCCAUGCUCAACGACCGCCUCCGUUCAGGGUGCUCGCGGUACCCGACGGGAAUUACCUGUCACCAACCGCGAUACCGCCGCCGCCACCGCGUGCACCCGAGCCGUACAAGAUCGCGCCCUCCUCCACGUCGUCCUCGAGGGCGCACCGGCGGUCCAGCUUCGUGAUCAUCGCGGACUCGAGGCCAGUUUCCCCGGAGGUGAGGAGCCCGUCGCCGACGCUGGCCACCGGAAGAGUCUCGCCCUUUCGAGGACGAGGGUUCAAGGGACCGCCGCCGCGAUCUAAGUCCAGGCCACAGUCACCGGAAGCUGCGGAUCCUAGGAGGAGAGGCAGAAAUGAUCGACGAGUUUCAGUAUCGCAACAGAGUAGCCCAAGGAGGAGUCUGAUCCCCCAGCCGACACGGCAGCGUUCGACGUCCCUCAGCAAAUCAACCGAGCGUCUCUCCUCGCCGAAAAUUGGCCGUCGCGUGGACUCGCGGACUCGUUUGAACACGACGGAUUCCAGGAAUCGUUUGAACGCCUCCGGAAACAGCAACAGCGUCACGAACCUCGCCACGCGUCGACAAGUCUCCAGAACGCCUAGCAAACUAUCCCCGAUUCAGGGAACUCCGACGAAACCGGAAAGAACGCCGAUGUUCACGAAAAGGGACCGUUCGAAAGAUUCCACGAGGCCGUCGCCGUCGAAACAGCAGAGAUUUGCCGCGUCUCCAUCGAAGAAUGCCUGGAACGCGAAGAAACAAAACCAGGAGAAGGUUAAAGCUCCGAAAAGAACGACGAGCAAAGAACGGCUAACGUCUCCGUCGAAGAUCCCGUUGAAAACGAACAGAGUCAGCUCGAAUUCCUUGAAUCCGGCGAGGUUCAUCACCAUUUCCAAUCAGCCUAACGAGAAGAGCAAAAAAGCGGCCGAUAAUAAAGGGUCCAAGGAGGUUCGUAUAAGCAACGAGAAGAUAAACGAGUCCAGUCAGGGUAGCAAGAAGUCCGAAGGUGGAUCGAAAGGAUCUCAAGUGAGCGAGAAAAGCAACGAUCGAAGCGGCGAUCUGGAUCUGAUAGAUCUUCUGAAGCAAACUUCCACGGCAACGGGGACAUCCAGCGUGGUGAAUACAACGGCAACGACGGCUGUUCAGCCGUUGCACAUCGACGCCAACGCGGUUCUUCUGGAUAGAGACGUCACCGACAGGAGGAACGAGAAGACGAAGAGUCAGCAAGAUCUUUCCAACAACAAAUCUUCCAAUUCGUCCAACGAUGACACUUCUACUAGACAAAAUUCUCAAGCAGUUACCAGCGAGGAGCAUCGUCAAACGAAUUCUCAGACAUCGAGGUCUAACAAGUCGACAAACUACAAUCGAACGAAAGGUGGGAUGGACAGCAGGAACGAAUCUCCAGUUCCUACAGAUAAAACCGGAAGUCAUUCGAAGAGUAACAGCGUCAGUCAAUCGGUAAGAAGCGUAAUUAAAGUGAACAGUGCUACGAACAACACUGGUUCAGCGACGCUGCGUUCUAACAGGAAUCAGAACACGGUGAACGAUCAGAACAUGAAGAAUUCCAGGUCUAACGAUCACAAGAUCGAGGACACCACCUCGUCGCAUUCUGGAUCGAUAAUUAAUUCAGCUAAAACGAACGACGGUGAACAACAGACGAACGAUUCUAGCAAAAAUUCUUCGAAUACGGAGACUCAAAGGACUUGUUCAUCCAUCGCGAGUGCUUCGGUCAGGCAAGAAGACGUGAAAGUAGUUUCGAAGUCUGUCAACGAUUCCGAAACGAAGGUUGUUGGAAACUCGAUUUCGGUAACGGUGAAAGGUAUCCCUGUUUCCGAUCAAUCUACAGCCUCUAAGGUUAAUAAUGUUUCCAACGUGGGUGGUGCAGUGAGCAACGAUAUGAAAAGCGCGAACAACGCCGGGGUGAAAGCACGACAAGAGAAUCACGGAAGUGGUCGUACGUCCGUGAAAUCGUCCGCGGGGGUGUCUGUAGAAUCUAUAGAGAGCGUGAGGUCCACGGAUACCGGAGUUAGCGUGGACACUGUUAGAGGAGUGUCCUCGCCGAGGGAGAAGACUGGAAUGCACGUUGUGAAGCGACCUCAGGAGAUCGAGACGUUGAGCGGGAACGUGGUGCAUCUGGAACAGAAUGGAGAACCAGCGGUUCUGGCAGCGGCGAACGGCGUCGGCGAUCGAGCACCCGACAGACUUUUCACACGCUGGAAGAGAUCCUUGAGUCGUUGCUGCGAGUGUUGCCCCAGCAUGAGGUGUUUGGCGUGUCGAACGGCUCCGAAAGUGUUCACCUGGCCCAGAAGUCAUGCUAGAACGAACGCAACGGUGACCAGGAACGAGCAACCCUUGGCCAGGGAGAACGUGCCCUCCGGCUGCUGGCCUAAAUUCAAGAACAGGUGCAGGUGCAAACGAUUCGGGGAUAUGAAAUGUUGCUCAAGAAGAUCGAGGAUCGCUCCCGCUGAAGCUGCCGUUUGCUGUCCUCCUGAAAGAAGAUUCGGCGCGAUUUGCCGCCGUUUGUUCGACAACUGCAAAUGCAGGCGAAACUCUGAAGCAGAACGCACAAGAAACAUACGUGCCAAGCACAGUCUUACCAGCGUAGCACCGCCUCCAUUAUCAGAAGAACCAAAGGCUAAGAUACCGGAUGUUCUGGUAGAGCACAAUUCCUUAAUGCGUGGCGCAAUUCCGUGCCUGCCAGUUCCUCUUGCCUGGUUUUGUCUCGUGUGGAACGUUCUACUGCCUGGUUCUGGUACCGUUUGGAGUGGUAUUUUCAACCUAUGCACCGGUCAACCGAGAUUCUCAGCGGUGGCUGGACUGAAAUCGAGACUAGGCGCGUUCGUGGUGAACCUGAUGGUCGGGGUGGGUCAAUUAUUCACCGUUUUAUUCUGCCUGGUUGGGUGGGGCUGGAGCAUUUGGUGGGGCGUUACUUUGGUCCGUUUAGCGAGGAAAUACAAGAGAUUCAAGGCUUCCGAGGCAGCCAUCAACGAUCCGGAAGCGAGGGGCGGAGAACCAGCGGCUCUGCCUCCCGGUGUACCGAGUCAAGCGUUGAGGGGGAUGGAUCGGGUGCGAUAA